AUGAGUGCAAAUGGAAAUCUGGCUUUGUUUGAGACAAAAGCAGGAAAGGGGAGAAUUGUUUUUAAGCUAUUUUCUUUAACAAUACUGUUGUGUAUUUUUCUGAUAUGGUUGUACAGAUUAAUGUAUGUACCAAGGAAAGGAGAGGCAGGAAGAUAUGCUUGGAUUGGGAUGUUUAUUUCUGAGGUUUUGUUUGGUUUAUAUUGGAUCAUCACUCAGAUAGUUCGUUGGAACGUUGUUCAUCGGUAUCCCUUCAAGGAUAGACUCUCUCGCAGAUACGAAGACAAACUGCCAGGGAUCGACAUUUUUAUUUGCACAGCAGAUCCUAUAUUAGAGCCUCCGUCAAUCGUAAUAAACACAGUCUUAUCAGUAAUGGCAUACAAUUAUCCACCUGAAAAGCUUUGUGUUUACCUCUCUGACGACGGGGUUUCAGAACUUACAUUCUAUGCUCUCUUGGAGGCCUCUAAGUUCUCAAAAUAUUGGAUACAUUUCUGUAAGAAAUUUGCAGUUGAACCAAGGUCACCCGAAUCCUAUUUCGCGCUCAAUAUUGAUCUACACGGUUCAGUCUUCGAGCAAGAAUGGAGCACUAUCAAGAAACUAUAUGAAGAUAUGAAAACUCGAAUCGCUUCAGCUGUUGAAAAGGGUCACCUUUCGACUGAAAUAAAGGGCCAACAUAAAGGGUUCUCAGAGUGGAACUCUAAGGUCACAAAGAGAGAUCAUCAAUCAAUUGUUCAGGUUUUAAUAGAUGGAUGGAACCCGAACACAGUUGAUAUAGAUGGAAAUCCAUUGCCAACACUCAUAUACCUGUCCCGUGAAAAGAAACCACAAUGUGCACAUAAUUUUAAGGCUGGAGCUAUGAAUGCACUGAUACGUGUGUCAUCAGAAAUAAGUAACGCGCCAAUCAUCCUCAAUGUGGAUUGUGAUAUGUACUCAACUGAUCCAGAUGCAAUACGAGAUGCCUUAUGCUUCUUUAUGGAUGAGAAGCAAGGGCAACAGAUAUCCUAUGUUCAAUAUCCACAGAGCUAUGAGAAUAUUACAAAGAAUGAUAUUUAUUCAAAUGCAAGAUUCCCAGUUCUUAAGGCAUGUCUUCCAAUCGCGCUGAGAAUUUCUUUUCCUCACUUUCUUUGCUUUUGA